GUAAGUUUAUUGGGUUGUAUACUUAACCGGAGGACUUUAACUCCAUGAAGUCGUUUCGUCAGAGAAACGCACGGAAAGUUAAAAACAAACGUGAAUGUUAUCAGUUUAACCGGGAAUAAGCCCGAAAAGGUGUCAUAAAAAUGGCCACACGAAAAUUUCUUCAAACAAUCCUUAAAAACGGAAAAAUCAACCACCAUAAGUUUUAUUCUUCUGAAUCGCCUUUAUUUCCUGGGGCACGAACAACAUGGACCGAAAGAUUAGAUUUUACCGGGCCACACAGUUAUUCACCAAUUCCCGUUUAUCGAGUAAUGGAUCGGCAAGGAAAUAUUAUAAAAUCAUCUCAAGAUCCAAAAUUAAGCAAUGAGGUUAUCGAAAAAAUGUAUAAAGAUAUGACCCUGUUAAAAACGAUGGAUAAAAUCCUCUAUGAAUCCCAAAGACAAGGCCGAAUUUCGUUUUAUAUGACCAAUUAUGGCGAAGAAGCCACCCACAUCGGAAGUGCAGCUGCUUUGGAUAUGGAAGAUUUAGUAUUUGGACAAUACAGAGAAGCCGGUGUUUUAGUUUGGAGAGGAUUUUCUUUAAAAGAUUUUAUGAGUCAAUGUUAUGGAAAUGUAGAUGAUUUAGGAAAAGGUCGACAAAUGCCGGUUCAUUAUGGUUCAAAUAAAAUUAACUUUGUAACAAUUUCAAGCCCGUUAAGUACUCAAAUUCCGCAAGCGGCAGGAGCUGCUUAUGCUUUAAAAGGAAAAAAUCGUGUGGUAAUUUGUUAUUUUGGUGAAGGUGCAGCUUCCGAAGGUGACGCUCACGCGGCAUUUAACUUUGCCGCAACAUUAGAGUGUCCGGUUAUCUUUUUUUGUCGAAAUAACGGUUACGCAAUUUCAACACCAACUAAAGAUCAAUAUAGAGGUGAUGGAAUAGCAGCCAGAGGACCCGGUUAUGGUAUUAACACACUUCGAGUUGAUGGAAACGAUGUUUUUGCUGUUUUUAAUGCUACUAAGAAAGCGAAACAGUAUUGUUUAAAAGAAAAUAAACCGGUUGUUUUAGAAGCAUUGACUUAUAGGAUAGGUCACCAUUCGACUUCAGAUGAUAGCUCAGCGUAUCGUUCAAAAGACGAGGUGGAUUCUUGGAGACAAUUCGAUUCCCCAAUUAAUAAAUUACGAAUGUUUAUGGAGGCUAAUGGAUUAUGGAACGCCGAUAAAGAAAAACAAUGGAUAGAUAAGGCUAAGAAAGAUAUUUUAGAGGCGUUUGCUGACGCAGAAAAGAGACCAAAACCUAAUUGGCAUGAAAUGUUUAAAGAUGUUUAUAAAUUUAUGCCUAAACAUUUAACGAAACAAUUAAAUGAGAUGCAAAGUCAUGUGGAAAAGUACAAAGAACAUUAUCCAACUAAAAAUUAUGCCGCUUAAAACACAUUUGUGAGCUAAAAAUAUAUAAGUAAAUAAAGAAUUAAGUUUUUUUCACAAUAAAAUGUAAACAAAAA